AGUCGUUCGUUAGCCAUGAAACGCAUGUGGUGGUUCAGUGUGGUGAUUGCUCGAUGCCUGCUCUGGCUGUGUUGCUGUGUGGUGGAUGGUCACUUAUUGUCGCAACCGGAGGUGGACACACACAUGCAGCUGCAGGAGCAGCUCAUAUCGGAGCAUAACGAUAGCGCCUACGUACAGCGCGUCAUGCGACUGGCCAAGUCCGCUGAGAUGCGCAGCUAUAUGCGGCCGGAUCUAGACGCUUGCGAGGAUUUCUAUGCCUACAGUUGCGGCAAUUGGCCAAAGAUUAAUCCGGCUAAUGCAGCCAAGCCGCGCGAGACCAACUUUCAACAACAACUGGCCAAUGGCUAUGGGCACAAGCAACAACGGCUUCUGGAGCAACCACAGGAUGAGGACAAUGAUGAUGAGGCCGUGCUAAAGAUAAAGCAAUUCUACGCCAGCUGUCUGCGCUUCCGGCAGACGCCGCAUCCACGCUAUCGGCAACAGCUGCGGGAGAUUGUCGCUGAAUUUGGACGUAUGCCCGUCUUGGAGCGGCAGGAUGAAGAGUGGGAUCAGGAUGAAUUCGAUUGGCUCUCGACUGUGGCGCAUAUAAAGCACAAAUAUGGACUCAAUAUUUUGUUGCUCCUGCAGCAGGCACCAAAUCCACAAAAUAAGACUGAGAGUCGUAUUUACGUUGGCCAGCCGCCCAAGCUAAUUGUGGAGCCGGAUCGUGGUGCGGUUGCUCGGAGGAUUGCCAGACAGCUGUCGGAGCAUCUGAGUGUGGAGGAGACACUGGCAUACAGCACAGCCCAGGAAAUUGCCCAGCUGGAAAUGCUGUUGGCCAAAGGCAUGUCAAGUCUUCCAAUUGGUUCGCUUGCUCUUCCACGCUCCACAGUGGAGCUGGCAUAUGGAGACAAAUUUAAUCUAACACGAUAUGUGGAACUGGCACUGCAUCGUCCACUGCUGCCCGGGGAGACGCUUUACGAGCAUGUGGCCAGCUAUCAGAAGCAUCUGAAGUCCAUCGUAACACAGACGCCGCCUCACGUCCUGGCCAACUAUAUAUUUCAACAAUUGCUGCAGAGCUUCUACUACGAGCACUCGUCGUCAGUCGUUGCCCACUGCUUGUCCAGAGCCAGGGAAAACUUUCCGGGGCUACUCAAUAAUAUGGCCUAUCGGCAUUAUGGGGAUGCAGCCACCCUCAGUGAUAUUGACUCCGUCUGGCUGCAAAUCAAGCGUAGCUUCCACGACACUCUCGAGAGUUCCACGACAGACUGGUUGUCGAUUGCGACGCGGAGUGUUUUACUGGAGCAACUGAAUGAUACACGCCUCCUGAUCAACGGACACGCGAAUGUGAAUUUUUCAGAGCGUUACAGUCAACUGGAGCUAGAGCCGCAGGAAUAUCUAUUGAAUAUGCGAACUGUGCUUAGCUAUAACACUCAGUUUGCCACGCCAUUAUUUUCGCCCACUGUGCCCAUCUAUGAUGCCCUCGAGAAUGUGGUCAUGCUGCCUGUGUCGCUGUUGCAGCCAAACUUUUUAUGGUCACGUUUCUAUCCCCGGGCCCUGCGCUAUGGCAGUCUGGGCACAAUUAUAGCAAAUGAAUUGGCCCAUAUCUUUGAUCGCAAAUAUGGUUGGGAUGAAGCAUCACUGGCUGAAUAUAGGAAUCGCAAAACCUGCUUCAAGUUUCAAUAUGAACGAUUGCGCAUUGAUGGUGAAUAUCUGCCACCCACCGAUCUACAGGAUGGCAAUAUAGCGGACAAUACGGCCGUUCAACUUGCAUAUCACGCCUAUAGGAACUACUUGGCAAAUUUGGCACCAUCAGCUUUCAAAACGGAGACUCUGCCACAGCUGAGCCACAGUCUGCAGCAGCUUUUCUUCAUCAGCUAUGCUCAGCUCUAUUGCAACGAUGCCAACGAGCAGUUUCGGGAUUAUCAAUCACUCCUUGUAGCUGGAACUCCGAAUGCCCUCCGUGUUAAUGGAGCACUGGCCAACUUUAAAGCAUUUUCCAGUACCUUCAAGUGUGCCAACGAGACGCCUCUAAAUCCCAGCCGGAAGUGUCUUAUGUAUGCCAUAAGCUUGAAUUAAUAAUAUUUAUGUUAAUAAAGCUUUCAUAUCCGAAUGGGAUUACCUUA